ACCUGCAGGCGCCCAGUUCUCAACUUUUGAAUUUUUUUUGAAAUGUCGAACUCAGACUUAUCAGGUCGACAUGGUGGUGGGCUUUCAGGUGCAGCAAGCCCGGAUCCAGAGGAACCUGCUUUCGAGGAUGAAUCCGCCGCCAUACUGGGUGAUGACAAUCUUGAUGAAGAAGAGGAAUCCGGAGAGAAUUUAUUCGGUGACGAUAUGGAGCGUGAUUAUCGCCCCAUCCCGGAGCUUGACGUCUAUGAGGCAGAAGGUCUUGCAGACCCUGAUGAAGACCUAGAGGAACUAUCACCGAAUGCUCGCGCUGAAGCUGAACGUGAAAUGAGACGACGGGACCGUGAGCGUCUGCUUGCGACUGGCGGACUUAGACGUGAUCUUAUAGCCGAUUUGUACGGUGAGGAGGAGGAGGAAGAAAUAAUUCCUGCACGUCACAGGCGUAUUGCCGAGAGAGUUGCUGCAGGUGAUGAAGGUGAUUUAGAACCUGAAGGUGUGCUGGAAAGUAUCGAAAACUUGGAGGAUAUGAAAGGAAUGUCUGUCGUUGAAUGGGUCCAGCAACCUGUCACUCGUCAAGAAAUCAAAAACCGUUUUAAAGCAUUUCUCAGAACGUUUUUGGACGAAAACGAUCGUAACGUAUAUGCUGAGCGUAUAGUACAAAUGGCGAGAGAAAACAAACAUAGUCUGCAUAUUGAUUACCAACACCUGGCGUCGGCGGAGCAAGUCCUAGCAUAUUUUUUACCAGAAGCCCCACAACAUGUCUUAGAGAUCUUCGACGAGGCUGCUCGUGAAGUCACAUUGACUCGGUUCCCUCGUUACGACAGAAUCACUAAUCGAGUCCAUGUCAGAAUAAACGACCUUCCUCUCAUUGAGGAUCUCCGAUGUCUUCGCCAUUUUCAUCUUAACCAACUUAUCCGAACAUGUGGAGUAGUUACAAGCAGUUCUGGUGUCCUGCCUCAGUUGAGCGUAGUCCGCUACAACUGUACGAAAUGUGGGUGUCUUUUGGGCCCAUUUGUUCAAAACCAAACAGGCUCAGAGGUCAAACCUUCUACCUGUCCAGACUGCCAGUCAGGUGGUCCAUUCGAACUAUGCAUGGAACAGACUGUUUAUAGAAAUUAUCAACGUAUCACUAUUCAAGAAAGCCCAGGCAAAGUUCCAGCAGGUCGUCUUCCUAGGUCUAAAGAUGCUAUUCUUCUAGAUGAUCUGGUUGACAGCUGCAAACCGGGGGAUGAAAUAGAGUUAACUGGAGUAUAUACACAUAGCUAUGAUGGAUCACUCAAUACUAAGCACGGUUUUCCAGUCUUUGCAACUGUCAUAUUAGCAAACAACGUUGUUCGAAAAGAUGAUAAGGUCGCUGUGGGGACAUUAACUGACGAGGACACAAGGGCGAUCUUGAAACUUUCACGUGAUGAAAGGAUUGGUGAUCGAAUUUUUGCUAGCAUAGCUCCAAGUGUGUAUGGUCAUGAAGAUAUUAAACGUGGCAUUGCACUGGCACUUUUUGGCGGUGAACCUAAAAAUCCUGGAGGAAAACACAAGGUACGAGGUGACAUUAAUGUUCUUCUCUGUGGUGAUCCGGGGACUGCAAAGUCACAGUUUCUUAAGUGUGUUGAGCAGCUAGCUCCAAGGAGUGUUUUUACAACUGGUCAGGGAGCAAGUGCAGUUGGUCUAACAGCGUAUGUUACUCGCAGUCCAAUGAGUCGGGAGUGGACUUUGGAAGCUGGUGCACUUGUUCUUGCAGAUCGUGGUGUGUGUUUAAUUGACGAAUUCGAUAAGAUGAAUGACCAGGACCGAACAUCUAUACACGAAGCCAUGGAACAACAGAGCAUCUCAAUAAGUAAGGCAGGUAUUGUUACAAGCUUGCAAGCAAGAUGUACUAUUGUUGCUGCUGCUAAUCCUAUCGGUGGUCGUUAUGACCCGAGCAUGACAUUUUCUGACAAUGUCGAUCUCAGCGAACCAAUUUUGAGUCGUUUUGAUGUUCUUUGUGUUGUUCGUGAUGCAGUAGAUCCUAUUCAGGAUGAAAUGCUUGCACGCUUUGUUGUUGGAAGUCAUAUGCGUCACCAUCCUAAUAUGACGCUGGAGGAGCGUGUUGCUCUGAAUGAUCAAUUAGCAGAACGUGGUGUUCCCCGAAGUGGAUCUUAUGCAGACAUCCAACCACUAGAUCAGGAAUUGUUAAAGAAAUACAUUCUUUAUGCAAAAGACCGUAUUCAUCCUAAGCUAAAUCAAAUGGAUCAGGACAAGGUAGCUGCAGCUUACGCUGAUCUAAGACGGGAAUCCAUGGUAACUGGGAGCUUACCAAUAACUGUCCGACACAUCGAAUCGGUAAUCCGUUUGUCUGAAGCACACGCUCGUUUGCAUUUGCGAGAAUUCGUUAAUGACGAUGAUGUUAAUAUGGCUCUCCGUGUCAUGCUAGAGUCAUUUGUGUCUACUCAAAAAUUCAGUGUCAUGAAGUCAAUGCGACAGACUUUCUCCCGAUUUUUGAGCUAUCGUCGCGACAACCAAGAAUUGUUAUUGUUCUUGCUUAAACAGUUAGUUCAAGAUCGGUUAGCUUUCGAACGUGUUCGACAUGCUGGGAGUCAAGAAUGGCGCAUCGAAGUCACUGAACGAGAAUUCGCUGAGCGAGCCAAGCAGAUAAACAUCAGUUCUGUUCGUGCAUUCUUGCAAAGUGACCUUUUCAAGUCACACCAUUUUGUGUAUGAUGCCAGUCGGAAAGUUAUCGUUCAUACGGUAUAAAUGUGAGCCACUUGUUGUUUGGUUCAUUGACAAUACAUUGGUACUGAACUAGAUUCUCACUUCAUACAGCUGACAUUUCUGUGCAUCUGUAUAUCCUUAUUUUUUCUAAAAUAUAUCAACUAUUGACCUGUUUUACUUAUUAAAUAUUAUAUACUUCUAUUUUAUCAGAUGUAUCAUCCAUUGUUGUGAAAUACUAUGAUCUGUACAUCGCUGAUCGUUUUUCAUGCUAAUUAAAUAAAUGUUCGCCCAUUUA